AUGAGCCCCGCCCCAUUCUCCCGCUUUCCAUCACCCUCCCCUUUCUCCCGCUUUCCAUCUCCCCGCCCCAUUCUCCCGCUUUCCAUCACCCCGCCCCAUUCUCCCGCUUUCCAUCACCCCGCCCCAUUCUUCCGCUUCCCAUCAUCCCGCCCCAUUCCCCCGCUUUCCAUCACCCCUCCCCAUUCUUCCUCCUUCCAUCACCUCGCCCCAUUCUCUCGCUUUCCAUCACCCGGCUCCAUUCUCCCGCUUUCCAUCACCCCGCCCCAUUCUCCCGCUUUCCAUCACCCAGCCCCAUUCUCCCGCUUUCCAUCACCCCGCCCCAUUCUCCCGCUUUCCAUCACCCCGCCACAUUCUCCCGCUUUCCAUCACCCCGCCCCAUUCUCCCUCCUUCCAUCACCCCGCCCCAUUCUCCCGCUUUCCAUCACCCCGCCCCACUCUCCCGCUUCCCAUAACCCCACCCCAUUCUCCCGCUUUCCAUCACCCCACCACAUUUUCCCGUUUUCUAUCACCCCGCCCCAUUCUCCCGCUUUCCAUCACCCCGCCCCAUUCUCCCGAUUUCCGUCACCCCGCCCCAUUCUCCCGCUUUCCAUCACCCCGCCCCAUUCUCCCGCUUUCUAUCACCCCGCCCCAUUCUCCCGCAUUCCAUCAUCCCGCCCCAUUCUCCCUCCUUCCAUCACCCCGCCCCAUUCUCCCGCUUUCCAUCACUCCGCCCCAUUCUCCCUCCUUCCAUCACCCCGCCCCAUUCUCCCUCCUUCCAUCACCCCGCCCCAUUCUCCCGCUUUCCAUCACCCCCGCCCCAUUCUCCCUUUUCCAUCACCCCGCCCCAUUCUCCCGCUUUCCAUCACCCCGCCCCAUUCUCCCGCUUUCCAUCACCCCGCUCCAUUCUCCCGCUUUCCAUCGACCCGCCCAAUUCUCCCUCUUUCCAUCACCUCUCCCCAUUCUCCCUCUUUCCAUCACCCCGCCCCAUUCUCCCGCUUUCCAUCACCCCGCCCCAUUCUCUCGCUUUCCAUCACCCCGCCCCAUUCUCCCGCUUUCCAUCACCCCGCCCCAUUCUCCCUCUUUCCAUCACCCCGUCCCAUUCUCCCGCUUUCCAUCACCCCGCCCCAUUCUCCCGCUUUCCAUCACCCCGCCCCAUUCUCCUUCUUUCCAUCACCCCGCCCCAUUCUCCCUCUUUCCAUCACCCCGCCCCAUUCUCCCGCUUUCCAUCACCCCGCGCCAUUUUCCCUCUUUCCAUCACCCCGCCCCAUUCUCCCACUUUGCAUCACCCCGCCCCAUUCUCUCGCUUCCAUCAUCCCGCUCCAUUGUCCUGCUUUCCAUCACCCCGCCCAAUUCUCACUCUUUCCAUCACCCCUCCCCAUUCUCCCUUUUUCCAUCACCCCGCCCCAUUCUCUCGCUUUCCAUCACCCCGCUCCAUUCUCCCGCUUUCCAUCACCCCGCCCAAUUCUCCCUCUUUCCAUCAACCCUCCCUAUUCUCCCACUUUCCAUCACCCCGCCCCAUUCUCUCGCUUUCCAUCACCCCGCCCCAUUCUCCCGCUUUCCAUCGCCCCGCCCCAUUCUCCCGCUUUCCAUCACCCCGCCCCAUUCUCCCGCUUUCCAUCACCCCGCCCCAUUCUCCCUUUUUCCAUCACCCCGCCCCAUGCUCCCGAUUUCCAUCACCCCGCCCCAUUCUCCCGCUUUCCAUCAUCCCGCCCCAUUCUCCCGCUUUCCACCACCCCGCCCCAUUCUCCCUCUUUCCAUCACCCCGCCCCAUUCUUCCUCUUUCCAUCACCCCGCCCCAUUCUCCCGAUUUCCAUCACCCCCGCCCCAUUCUCCCAAUUUCCAUCACCCCGCCCCAUUCUCCCUCUUUCCAUCACCCCGCCCCAUUCUCCCUCUUUCCAUCACCCCGCCCCACUCUCCCGCCUUCCAUCACCCCGCCCAAUUCUCCCUCUUUCCAUCACCCCGCCCCAUUCUCCCUCUUUCCAUCACCCCGCCCCAUUCUCCCGCUUUCCAUCACCCCGCCCCAUUCUCCCUCUUUCCAUCACCCCGCCCCAUUCUCCCUCUUUCCAUCACCCCGCCCCAUUCUCCCGCUUUCCAGCACCCCGCGCCAUUUUCCCUCUUUCCAUCACCCCGCCCCAUUCUCCCGCUUUCCAUCACCCCGCCCCAUUCUCUCGCUUUCCAUCAUCCCGCUCCAUUGUCCCGCUUUCCAUCACCCCGCCCAAUUCUCCCUCUUUCCAUCACCCCUCCCCAUCCUCCUUUUUUCCAUCACCCCGCCCCAUUCUCCCGCUUUCCAUCACGCCGCCCCAUUCUCCCUCUUUCCAUCACCCCGCCCCACUCUCCCGCCUUCCAUCAACCCGCCCAAUUCUCCCUCUUCCAUCACCCCGCAUCAUUCUCCCUCUUUCCAUCACCCCGCCCCAUUCUUCCCGCUUUCCAUCACCUCGCCCCAUUCUCCUUCUUUCCAUCACCCCGCCCCAUUCUCCCUCUUUCCAUCAACCCGCCCCAUUCUCCCGCUUUCCAUCACCCCGCGCCAUUUUCCCUCUUUCCAUCACCCCGCCCCAUUCUCCCGCUUUCCAUCACCCCACCCCAUUCUCUCGCUUUCCAUCAUCCCGCUCCAUUCUUUCCAUCACCCCGCCCCAUUCUCCUUCUUUCCAUCACCCCGCCCCAUUCUCCCUCUUUCCAUCAACCCGCCCCAUUCUCCCGCUUUCCAUCACCCUGCGCCAUUUUCCCUCUUUCCAUCACCCCGCCCCAUUCUCCCGCUUUCCAUCACCUCGCCCGAUCCUCCCUCUUUCCAUCACCCCGCCCCAUUCUACUGCUGUCCAUCACCCUGCUCCAUUCUUCCGCUUCCCAUCACCCUGCCCAAUUCUCCCUCUUUCCAUCACCCCUCCCCAUUCUCCCUCUUUCCAUCACCCCGCCCCAUUCUCCCGCUUUCCAUCACCCCGCCCCAUUCUCCCUCUUUCCAUCACCUCGCCCGAUCCUCCCUCUUUCCAUCACCCCGCACCAUUCUCCCGCUUUCCAUCACCCCGCCCCAUUCUAGUGCUUUCCAUCACCCCGUCCCAUUCUCCCGCUUUCCAUCACCCCACUCCAUUCUCCCGCUUUCCAUCACCACGCCCAAUUUUCCCCUCUUUCCAUCAACCCCGCCCCAUUCUCCCUCUUUCCAUCACCCCGCCCCAUUCUCCCCCAAUCCAUCACCCCGCCCCAUUUUCACUCUUUCCAUCACCCGGUCCCAUUCUCCCGCUAUCCAUCACCCCGCCCCAUUCUCCCGCUUUCCAUCACCCCGCUCCAUUCUCCCGCUUUCCAACACCCCGCCCAAUUCUCCCUCUUUCCAUCACCCCUUCCCAUUCUCCCUCUUUCCAUCAUCCAGCCCCAUUCUCCCGCUUUCCAUCACCCCGCCUCAUUCUCCCUCUUUCCAUCACCGCGCCCCAUUCUCCCUCUUUCCAUCACCCUGCCCCAUUCUCUCGCUUUCCAUCACCCCGCCCCAUUCUCCCGCUUUCUAUCACACCGCCCCAUUCUCCCGCUUUCCAUCACCCUGCUUUAUUCUCCCGCUUUCCAUCACCCCGCCCAAUUCUCCCUCUUUCCAUCACCCCUCUCCAUUCUCCCUCUUUCCAUCACCCCGCCCCAUUCUCCCUCUUUCCAUCACCCCUCCCCAUUCUCCCUCUUUCCAUCACCCGGCACCAUUCUCCCGCUUUCCAUCACCCCGCACCAUUCUACUGCUUUCCAUCACCCCGCCCCAUUCUACUGCUUUCCAUCACCCCGUCCCAUUCUCCUGCUUUCCAUCACCCGCCCAAUUUUCCCUCUUUCCAUCACCCUGACCCAUUCUCCCUCUUUCCAUCACCCCGCCUCAUUCUCCCCCAAUCCAUCACCCCUCCCCAUUUUCACUCUUUCCAUCACCCCGUCCCAUUCUCCCGCUUUCCAUCACCCCGCCCCAUUCUCCCUCUUUCCAUCACCCCGCCCCAUUCUCCCUAUUUCCAUCACCCCGCCCCAUUUUCACUCUUUCCAUCACCCCGUCCCAUUCUCCCGCUUUCCAUCACCCCGCCCCAUUCUCCCGCUUUCCAUCACCCCGCUCCAUUCUCCCGCUUUCCAUCACCCCGCCCAAUUCUCCCUAUUUUUAUCACCCCUCAACAUUCUCCCUCUUCCAUCACCCCGCCCCAUUCUCCCGCUUUCCUUCACCCGCCCCAUUCUCCCUCUUUCCAUCACCCCGCCCCAUUCUCCCUCUUUCUAUCACCCCGCCCCAUGCUCCCUGUUUCCAUCACCCCGCCCCAUUCUCCCUGUUUCCAUCACCCCGCCCCAUUCUCACGCUUUCCAUCACCCCGCCCCAUUCUCCCGCUAUCCAUCACCCCGCCCCGUUCUCCCGCUUUCUUUCACCCCGCCCCAUUUUCCCGCUUUCCAUCAUCGCGCCCCGUUCUCCCGCCUUCCAUCACCCCGCCCCGUUCUCCCGCUUUCCAUCACCUCGCCCCGUUCUCCCGCUUUCCAUCACCCCGCCCCGUUCUCCCGCUUUCCAUCACCCAGCACCAGUCUCCCGCUCUCAAUCACCCCGCCCCAUUCACCCGUUUUCCAUCACCCCUCCCCAUUCUCCCUCUUUCCAUCACCCGCUCCAUUCUCCCGCUUUCCAUCACCCCGCCCAAUUCCCCCUCUUUUCAUCACCCCUCUCCAUUCUCCCUCUUUCUAUCACCCGGCCCCAUUCUCCUGCUUUCCAUCACCCCGCCCCAUUCUCCCUCUUUCCAUUACCCUGCCCAUUCUCCCGCUUUCCAUCACCCCGCCCCAUUCUCCCUCUUUCCACCACCUCGCCCCAUUCUCCCUGUUUCCAUCACCCCUCCCCAUUCUCCCUCUUUCCAUCACCCCGCCCCAUUCUCCCGCUUUCCAUCACCCCGCCCCAUUCUCCCGCUUUCCAUCACCCCACCCCAUUCUCCCGCUUUCCAUCACCCUGCCCCAUUCUUCCGCUUUCCAUCACCCCGCCUCAUUCUCCCGAUUUCUAUCACCCGGCCCCAGUCUCCCGCUUUCCCUUACUUCGCCCCAUUCUCCCGCUUUCCAUCACCCCGCCCCUUUCUCCCACUUUUCAUCACCCCGCCCCGUUCUCCCGCUUUCCAUCACCUCGCCCCGUUCUACCGCUUUCCAUCACCCCGCUUCGUUCUCUCGCUUUCCAUCACCCCGCCCCAUUCUCCCCCUUUCCUAUCACCCCGCCCCAGUCUCCCGCUCUCAAUCACCCCGCCCCAUUCUCCCGUUUUCCAUCACCCCUCCCCAUUCUCCCUCUUUCCAUCACCCCGCUCCAUUCUCCCUCUUUCCAUCACCCGUCCCUGUUCUCCCGAUUUCAAUCACCCCGCCCCAUUCUCCCGCUUUCCAUCACCCCGCCCCAUUCUCCUCUUUCCAUCACCCCGCCCCCAUUCUCCCGCUUUCGAUCACCCGCCCCAUUCUCUUGCUUUCCAUCACCCCGCCCCAUUCUCCCGCUUUCCAUCAGCCGCCCCGUUCUCCCACUUUUUAUUACCCCGCCCCAUUCUCCCGCUUCUCCGCUUUCCAUCACCCCGCCCUAUUCUCCCUCUUUCCAUCACCCCGCCCCAUUCUCCCGCUUUCCAUCACCCCGCCCCGUUUUCCCUCUUUCCAUCACUGCGCCACAUUCUCCCCGCUUUCCAUCACCCCGCCCCACUCUCCCGCUUUCCAUCACCCAACCCCAUUCUUCCUCUUUCCAUAACCCCGCCCCAUUCUCCCGCUUUCCAUCACUCCGCCCCAUUCUCCAGCUUUCCAUCACCCCGCUCCAUUCUCCCGCUUUCCAUCACCCCCGCCCCAUUCUCCCUCUUUCAUUCACCCCGCCCCAUUCUCCCUCUAUCCAUCACCCCGCCCCAUUCUCCCGCUUUCCAUCACCCUGUCCCAUUCUCCUGCUUUUCAUCACGUUGCCCCAUUCUCUUGCUUUCCAUCACCCCGCCCCAUUCUCCCGCUUUCCAUCACCCCGCCCCAUUCUCCCGCUUUCUAUCACACCGCCCCAUUCUCCUGCUUUCCAUCACCCCGCCCCAUUCUCCCGCUUUCCAUCACCCGCCCCAGUCUCCCGCUUUCCCUUACUUCGCCCCAUUCUCCCGCUUUCCAUCACCCCGCCCCAUUCUCCCGCUUUCCAUCACCCCGCCCCGUUCUCCCACUUUCCAUUACCCCGCCCCGUUCUCCCGCUUUCUAUCACCUCGCCCCGUUCUACCGCUUUCCAUCACCCCGCUUCGUUCUCCCGCAUUCCAUCACCCCGCCCCAUUCUCCCCCUUUCCAUCACCCCGCCCCGUUCUCCCUCUUCUCAUCACCCCGCCCCAUUCUCCCUCUUUCCAACACCCCGCCCCAUUCUCCUGCUUUCCAUCACCCCGCCCCAUUCUCCCUCUUUCCAUCACCCCGCCCCAAUCUCCCGCUUUCCAUCACCUCGCCCCAUUCUCCCUCUUUCCAUCACCCCGCCCCAUUCUCCCUCUUUCCAUCACCGCGCCCCAUUCUCCCGCCUUCCAUCACCCUGCCCCAUUCUCCCUCUUUCCAUCACCCCGCUCCAUUCUCCCGCUUUCCAUCACCCCGCCCCAUUCUCCCGCUUUCCAUCACCCCGCCCCAUUCUCCCUCUUUCCAUCAGCCCGCCCCGUUCUCCCGCCUUCCAUCACCCCGCCCCAUUCUCCCUCUUUCCAUCACCCCGCCCCAUUCUCCCACUUUCCUUCACCCCGCCCCAUUCUCACGCUUUCCAUCACCCCGCUCUAUUCUCCCGCUUUCCAUCACCCCGCCCAAUUCUCCCUCUUUCUAUCACCCCUCCCCAUUCUCCCUCUUUCCAUCACCCCGCCCCAUUCUCCCGCUUUCCAUCACCCCGCCCCAUUCUCCCGCUUUCCAUCACCCCGCCCCAUUCUCCUUCUUUCCAUCACCCCGCCCCAUUCUCCCGCUUUCCAUCACCCCGCCCAUUCUCUCGCUUUCCAUCAACCCGCCCCUUUCUCCCUCUUUCCAUCACCCCACCCCGUUCUCCCGCUUUCCAUCACCCCGCCCCAGUCUCCUGCUCUCAAUCACCCCUCCCCAUUCUCCCGUUUUCCAUCACCCCUCCCCAUUCUCCCUCUUUCCAUCACCCCGCCCCAUUCUCCCUCUUUCCAUCACCCGACCCUGGUCUCCCGCUUUCAAUCACCCUGCCCCAUUCUCCCGCUUUCCAUCACCUCGCCCCAUUCUCCCGCUUUCCAUCACCCCGCCCCAUUCUCCCGCUUUCCAUCACCCCGCCCCAUUCUCCCGCUUUCCAUCACCCCGCCCUAUUCUCCCUCUUUCCAUCACCCCGCCCCAUUCUCCCGCUUUCGAUCACCCCGCCCCAUUUUCCCUCUUUCCAUCACCGCGCCACAUUCUCCCGCUUUCCAUCACCCCGCCCCACUCUCCCGCUUUCCAUCACCCAGCCCCAUUCUUCCUCUUUCCAUAACCGCGCCCCAUUCUCCCGCUUUCCAUCACUCCGCCCAUUUCUCCAACUUUCCAUCACCCCGCUCCAUUCUCCCGCUUUCCAUCACCCCCGCCCCAUUCUCCCUCUAUCCAUCACCCCGCCCCAUUCUCCCGCUUUCCAUCACCCUGUCCCAUUCACCCGCUUUCCAUCACCUUGCCCCAUUCACUUGCUUUUCAUCACCCCGCCCUAUUCUCCCGCUUUCCAUCACCCCGCCCCAUUCUCCCGCUUUCUAUCACCCCGCCCCAUUCUCCCGCUUUCCAUCACCCCGCCCCAUUCUCCCGCUUUCCAUCACCCCGCCCUGUUCUCCCUCUUUCCAUCACCCCGCUCCAUUCUCCCGCUUUCCAUCACCCCGCCCCAUUCUCCCGCUUUCCAUCACCCCGCCCCAUUCUCCCACGUCUGCUUCCUCAGGUACUGGUGAGUCUGCGCUCUCAGGUACUGGUGAGUCUGCGCUUUCAGGUACUGCGCCGGCUUCGGCCUCCCUCACCUUCACUCUUGACUCUGGGGCCUCUCGCUCCUUCUUUCGCGACUGCACCACAUUCACGCCGCUUCGUCGGCUGUCGCGGUGUCCCUUUCCAUCACCCCGCCCCAUUCUCCCGCUCUCAAUCACCCCGCCCCAUUCUCCCGUUUUCCAUCACCCCUCCCCAUUCUCCCUCUUUCUAUCACCCCGCCCCAUUCUCCCUCUUUCCAUCACCCUUCCCCAUUCUCCCGCUUUCUAUCACCCCGCCCCCAUUCUCCCGCUUCCAUCAUCCCCCUCCAUUCUCCCCCUUUCCAUCACCCCGCCCAAUUCUCCCUCUUUCCAUCAACCCUCCCCAUUCUCCCUCUUUCCAUCACCCCGCCCUAUUCUCCCGCUUUCCAUCACCCCGUCCCAUUCUCCCGCUUUCCAUCACCCCGCCCCAUUCUCCUGCUUUUCAUCACCCCGCCCCAUUCUCCCGCUUUCCAUCACCCCGUCCCAUUCUCCCUCUUUCCAUCACCCCGCUCCAUUCUCCCGCUUUCCAUCACCCUGCCCUAUUCUCCCUCUUUCCAUCACCCCUCCCUAUUCUCCCUCUUUCCAUCACCCCGCCCUAUUCUCCCGCUUUCCAUCACCCCGCCCCAUUCUCCCGCUUUCCAUCACCCGCCCCAUUCUCCCGCUUUCCAUCACCCCGCCCCAUUCUCCCGCUUUCCAUCACCCCGCCCCAUUCUCCCGCUUUGCAUCACCCCGCCCCAUUCUCCCGCUUUCCAUCACCCCGCCCCAUUCUCCCGCUUUCCAUCACCCCUCCCCAUUCUCCCUCUUUCCAUCACCCCGCCCCAUUCUCCUGCUUCCCAUCACCCCGCCCCAUUCUCCCGCUUUCCAUCACCCCGCCCCAUUCUCCCUCUUUCCAUCACCCCGCCCCAUUCUCCCGCUUUCCAUCUCCCCACCCCAUUCUCCUGCUUUCCAUCACCCCGUCCCAUUCUCCCGCCUCUUUCCAUCACCCCGCCCCAUUCUCCCGCUUUCCAUCACCGCGCCCCAUUCUCCCGCUUUCCAUCACCCCGCCCCCAUUCUCCCGCUUCCCAUCACCCCGCCCCAUUCUCCCACUUUCCAUCACCCCGCCCCAUUCUCCAGCAUUCCAUCACCGCGCCCCAUUCUCCUGCUUUCCAUCACCCCGCCCCAUUCUCCCUCUUUCCAUCACCCCGCCCCAUUCUCCCUCUUUCCAUCACCCCGCCCCAUUCUCCCGCUUUCCAUCACCCCGCCCCAUUCUCCCGAUUUCCAUCACCCCGCCCCAUUCUCCCGCUUUCCAUCACCCCGCCCCAUUCUCCCGGUUUCCAUCACCCCGCCCCAUUCUCCCGGUUUCCAUCACCCUGCCCCAUUCUCUCGCUUUCCAUCACUCUGCCCCACUCUACCUCUUUCUAUCACCCCGCCCCAUUCUCCCUCUUUCCAUCACCCCGCCCCAUUCUCCCGAUUUCCAUCACCCCGCCCCAUUCUCUCGCCUCUUUCCAUCACCCCGCCCCAUUCUCCCGCUUUCCAUCACUCCGCCCCAUUCUCCCGCUUUCCAUCACCCCGCCCCAUUCUCCCGCUUUCCAUCACCCCGCCCCAUUCUCCAACUUUCCAUCACCCCGCCCCAAUCUCCCGCUUUCCAUCAACCCGACCCAUUCUCCCGCUUUCCAUCACCCCGCCCCAUUCUCCCUCUUUCGAUCACCCGCCCCAUUCUCCCGCUUUCCUUCACCCCGCCCCAUUCUUUCGCCUCUUUCCAUCACCCCGCCCCAUUCUCCCGCUUUCCAUCACCCCGCCCCAUUCUCUUGCUUUCCAUCACCCCGCCCCAUUCUCCAGCUUUCCAUCACCCCGCCCCAUUCUCCCUCUUUCCAUCACCCUUCCCCAUUCUCCCUCUAUCCAUCACCCCACCCAAUUAUCCCGCUUUCCAUCACCCCGUCCCAUUCUACCGCUUUCCAUCACCCCGCCCCAUUCUUUUGCGUUCCAUCACCCCACCCCAUCCUCCCCUCUUUCCAUCACCCCGCACCAUUCUCCCUCUUUCCAUCACCCCGCCCCAUUCUCCCGCUUUCCAUCACCCCGCCCCAUUCUCCCUCUUUCAAACACCCCGCCCCAUUCUCUCGCUUUCCAUCACCCCGCCCAGUUCUCCCGCUUUCCAUCACCCCGCCCCAUUUUCCCGCUUUCCAUCACCCCGCCCCAUUCUCCUGCUUUCCAUCACCCCGCCCCAUUCUCCCUCAUUCCAUCACCCCGCCCCAUUCUCUCACUUUCCAUCACCCCGCCCCAUUCUCCCGCUUUUCAUCACCCCGCCCCAUUCUCCCGCUUUCCAUCACCCCGUCCCAUUCUCCCUCUUUCCAUCACCCCGCUCCAUUCUCCCGCUUUCCAUCACCCCGCCCUAUUCUCCCUCUUUCCAUCACCCCUCCCUAUUCUCCCUCUUUCCAUCACCCCGCCCUAUUCUCCCGCUUUCCAUCACCCCGCCCCAUUCUCCCGCUUUCCAUCAACCCGCCCCAUUCUUCCGCUUUCCAUCACCCCGCCCCAUUCUCCCGGUUUCCAUCACCCGGCCCCAUUCUCCCGCUUUCCAUCACCCCGCCCCAUUCUCCCUCUUUCCAUCACCCCGCCCCGUUCUCCCGCUUUCCAUCACCCUGCUCCGUUCUCCCGCUUUCCAUCACCCCGACCCAUUCUCCCCCUUUCCAUCAACCCGCCACAUUCUCCCGCUUUCCAUCACCGCGCCCCAUUCUCCCUCUUUCCAUCACCCCGCCCCGUUCUCCCGCUUACCAUCACCCCGCCCCAUUCUCCCGCUUUCCAUCACCCCGCCCCAUUCUCCCUCUUUCCAUCACCCCGCCCCAUUCUCCCUCUUUCCAUAACCCGCCCCAUCCUCCUGCUUCCCAUCACCCCGCCCCAUUCUCCCUCUUUCCAUCACCCCACCCCAUUCUCCCGCUUUCCAUCACCCCACCCCAUAUUCCCGCUUUCCAUCACCCCGCCCCAUUCUCCAGCUUUCCAUCAGCCGCCCCAUUCUCCCGCUUUCCAUCACCCCGCACCAUUCUCCCGCUUUUCAUUACCUCGCCCCAUUCUCCCGAUUCCCAUCAACCCGCCCCAUUCUCCCGCUUUCUAUCACCCGUCCCCAUUCUCCCUCUUUCCAUCACCCCGCCCCAUUCUCCCGCUUUCCAUCACCCCGCCCCAUUCUACCACUUUCCAUCACCUCGCCCCUUUCUCCCGCUUUCCAUCACCCUGCCCCAUUCUCCCGCUUUCCAUCAACCUGCCCCAUUCUCCCGCUUUCCAUCACCCUGCCCGAUUCUCCCUCCUUCCAUCACCCCACCCCAUUCUCCCGCUUUCCAUCACCCCGCCUUAUUCUCCUGCUCUCCAUCACCCCGCACCAUUCGCCCGCUUUCCAUCACCCCUCCCCAUUCUCCUGCUUUCCAUCACCCCGCCCCAUUCUCCCUCCUUCCAUGACCCCGCCCCAUUCUCCCUCCAUCCAUCACCCCACCCUAUUCUCCCAAUUUCCAUCACCCCACCCCAUUCUCCCGCUUUCCAUCACCCCGCCUUACUCUCCCGCUUUCCAUCACCUCGCCCCAUUCUCCCGCUUUCCAUCACCCCGCCCCAUUCUCCGCUUUCCAUCACACGCCCAUUCUCCCGCUUUCCAUCACCCCGCACCAUUCUCCCGCUUUUCAUUACCUCGCCCCAUUUUCCCGCUUCCCAUCAUCUCGCCCCAUUCUCCCGCUUUUCAUCACCCUGCCCCAUUCUCCCUCCUUCCAUCACCCCACCCCAUUCUCCCGCUUUCCAUCACCUCGCCCCAUUCUCCCGCUUUCCAUCACCCCGACCCAUUCUCCCGCUUUCCAUCACCCCGCCCCAUUCUCCUGCUUUCCAUCACCUGCCCCAUUCUCCCGCUUUCCAUCACCCCACCCCAGUCUCCCGCUUUCCAUCACCCCACCCUAUUCUCCCGCUUUCCAUCACCCCGCCCCAUUCUCCCGCUUUCCAUCACCCCACCCCAUUCUCCCGCUUUCCAUCACCCCGCCCCAUUCUCCCGCUUUCCUUCACCCCUCCCCAUUCUCCCGCUUUCAAUCACCCCGCCCCAUUCUCCCGCUUUCAAUCACCCCACCCCAUUCUCCCGCUUUCCAUCACUCCGCCCCAUUCUCCCUCCUUCCAUCACCCCGCCCCAUUCUCCCGCUUUCCAUCACCCCGACCCAUUCUCCCACUUUCCAUCACCCCGCCCAAUUCUCUCGAUUUCCGUCACCCUGCCCCAUUCUCCCUCUUUUCGUCACCCCGACCCAUUCUCCCGCUUUCCAUCAUCCAGCCCCAUUCCCCCGCUUUCCAUCACCCCGCCCUAUUCUCCCUCUUUCCAUCACCCCGCCCCAUUCUCCCUCCUUCUAUCACCCCGCCCCAUUCUACCGCUUUCCAUCACCCCACCACAUUCUUCCACUUUCCAUCACCCCGCCCCAUUCUCCCUCCUUCCAUCACCCCGCCCCAUUCCCCCGCUUUCCAUCACCCCGCCCCAUUCUCCCGCAUUCCAUCACCCCGCCCCAUUCUCCCUCCUUCCAUAACCCCUGCCCCAUUCUCCCGCUUUCCAUCACCCCACCCCAUUCUUCCGCAUUCCAUCACCCCGCCCCAUUCUCCCGCUUUCCAUCACCUCGCCCCAUUCUCCCGCAUUCCAUCACCCCGCCCCAUUCUCCCGGUUUCCAUCACCCCGCCCCCUUCUCCCUCCUUCCAUCACCCUGCCCCAUUCUCCCUCCUUCCAUCACCCCGCCCCUUUCUCCCGCUUUCCAUCAGCCUGCCCCAUUCUCCCGCUUUCCAUCACCCCGCCCCAUUCUCCCGCGUUCCAUCUCCCCGCCCCAUUCUCCCGGUUUCCAUAACCCCGCCCCCUUCUCCCUCCUUCCAUCACCCCGCCCCAUUCUCCCUCCUUCCAUCAUCCCGCCCCUUUCUCCCGCUUUCCAUCAGCCCGCCCCAUUCUCCCGCUUUCCAUCACCCAGCCCCAUUCUCCCGCUCUCCAUCACCCCGCCCCGUUCUCCCGCUUUCCAUAACCCCGCCCCAUUCUCACGCUUUCCAUCACCCCGCCCCAUUCACCCGCUUUCCAUCACCCCGCCCCAUUCCGCUCCUCUCCGUCACCCCGCCCCAUUCUCCCGCUUUCCAUCACCUCGCCCCAUUCUCACGCUCUCCAUCACCCCGCCCAAUUCACCCGCUUUCCAUCACCCCGCCCCAUUCUCACGCUUUCCAUCACCCCACCCCACUCCCGCUUUCCAUCACCCCGCCCCAUUCUCCCGCUUUCCAUCACCCAGCCCCAUUCUCCCGCUCUCCAUCACCCCGCCCCGUUCUCCCGCUUUCCAUAACCCCGCCCCAUUCUCACGCUUUCCAUCACCCCGCCCCAUUCACCCGCUUUCCAUCACCCCGCCCCAUUCCGCUCCUCUCCGUCACCCCGCCCCAUUCUCCCGCUUUCCAUCACCUCGCCCCAUUCUCACGCUCUCCAUCACCCCGCCCAAUUCACCCGCUUUCCAUCACCCCGCCCCAUUCUCACGCUUUCCAUCACCCCACCCCACUCCCGCUUUCCAUCACCCCGCCCCAUUCUCCCGCUUUCCAUCACCUCGCCCCAUUCUCACGCUUUCCAUCACCCCGCCCCAUUCUCCCGCUUUCCAUCACCCCGCCCCAUUCUCCCUCCUUCCAUCACCCCGCCUCAUUCUCCCUCCUUCCAUCACCCCGCCCCAUUCUCCCGCUUUCCAUCACCCCGCCCCAUUCUCCCGCUUCCCAUCACCCCGCCCCAUUCUCCCGCUUUCCAUCACCCCGCCCCAUUCUCCCGCAUUCCAUCACCCCGCCCCAUUCUCCCGCUUUCCAUAACCCCGCCCUAUUCUCCUGCUUACCAUCACCCCGCCAUAUUCUCCCACUUUCCAUCACCCCGCCCCAUUCUCCCUCCUUCCAUCACCCGCCCCAUUCUCCCUCCUUCCAUCAUCCCACCCCAUUCUCCCUCCUUCCAUCACCCCGCCCCAUUCUCCCGCUUUCCAUCACCACGCCUCAUUCUCCCGCUUUCCAUCACCCCGCCCCAUACUCCCGCUUUCCAUCACCCCGCCCCAUUCUCCCGCUUUCCAUCACCCCGCCCCAUUCUCCCGCUUUCCAUCACCCCGCCCCUUUCUCCCGCUUUCCAUCACCCCGCCCCAUUCUCUCGCUUUCCAUCACCCCGCCCCAUUCUCCCGCUUUCCAUCACACCGCCCCAUUCUCCUGCUUUCCAUCACCCCUCUCCGUUCUCCCUCUUUCCAUCACCCCGCCCCAUUCGCCCUCUUUUCCAUCACCCCUCCCCAUUCUCCCUCUUUCCAUCACCCCGCCCCAUUCUCCCUCUUUCCAUCACCUCGCCCCAUCCUCCCUCUUUCCAUCACCCCGCACCAUUCUCCCGCUUUCCAUCACCCCGCACCAUUCUCCCGCUUUCCAUCACCGCACCCCAUUCUACUGCUUUCCAUCACACCGUCCCAUUCUCCCGCUUUCCAUCACCCCGCCCAAUUUUCCCUCUUUCCAUCACCCCGACCCAUUCUCCCUCUUUCCAUCACCCCGCCCCAUUCUCCCCCAAUCCAUCACCCCUACCCAUUUUCACUCUUUCCAUCACCCCGUCCCAUUCUCCCGCUUUCCAUCAACCCGCCCCAUUCUCCCUCUUUCCAUCACCCCGCCCCAUUCUCCCUCCUUCCAUCACCCCGCCCCAUUCCCCCGCUUUCCAUCACCCCGCCCCAUUCUCCCGCAUUCCAUCACCCCGCCCCAUUCUCCCUCCUUCCAUCACCCCGCCCCAUUCUCCCGCUUUCCAUCACCCCACCCCAUUCUUCCGCAUUCCAUCACCCCGCCCCAUUCUCCCGCUUUCCAUCACCUCGCCCCAUUCUCCCGCAUUCCAUCACCCCGCCCCAUUCUCCCGGUUUCCAUCACCCCGCCCCCUUCUCCCUCCUUCCAUCACCCUGCCCCAUUCUCCCUCCUUCCAUCACCCCGCCCCUUUCUCCCGCUUUCAAUCAGCCUGCCCCAUUCUCCCGCUUUCCAUCACCCCGCCCCAUUCUCCUGCGUUCCAUCUCCCCGCCCCAUUCUCCCGGUUUCCAUAACCCCACCCCCUUCUCCCUCCUUCCAUCACCCCGCCCCCUUCUCCCUCCUUCCAUCACCCCGCCCUAUUCUCCCGCUUUCCAUCACCCCGCCCCAUUCUCCCGCUUCCCAUCACCCCGCCCCAUUCUCCCGCUUUCCAUCACCCCGCCCCAUUCUCCCGCAUUCCAUCACCCCGCCCCAUUCUCCCGCUUUCCAUAACCCCGCCCCAUUCUCCUGCUUACCAUCACCCCGCCAUAUUCUCCCACUUUCCAUCACCCCGCCCCAUUCUCCCUCCUUCCAUCACCCGCCCCAUUCUCCCUCCUUCCAUCAUCCCACCCCAUUCUCCCUCCUUCCAUCACCCCGCCCCAUUCUCCCGCUUUCCAUCACCACGCCUCAUUCUCCCGCUUUCCAUCACCCCGCCCCAUACUCCCGCUUUCCAUCACCCCGCCCCAUUCUCCCGCUUUCCAUCACCCCGCCCCAUUCUCCCGCUUUCCAUCACCCCGCCCCUUUCUCCCGCUUUCCAUCACCCCGCCCCAUUCUCUCGCUUUCCAUCACCCCGCCCCAUUCUCCCGCUUUCCAUCACACCGCCCCAUUCUCCUGCUUUCCAUCACCCCUCUCCGUUCUCCCUCUUUCCAUCACCACGCCCCAUUCGCCCUCUUUCCAUCACCCCUCCCCAUUCUCCCUCUUUCCAUCACCCUGCCCCAUUCUCCCUCUUUCCAUCACCUCGCCCCAUCCUCCCUCUUUCCAUCACCCCGCACCAUUCUCCCGCUUUCCAUCACCCCGCACCAUUCUCCCGCUUUCCAUCACCGCGCCCCAUUCUACUGCUUUCCAUCACCCCGUCCCAUUCUCCCGCUUUCCAUCACCCCGCCCAAUUUUCCCUCUUUCCAUCACCCCGACCCAUUCUCCCUCUUUCCAUCACCCCGCCCCAUUCUCCCCCAAUCCAUCACCCCUCCCCAUUUUCACUCUUUCCAUCUCCCCGUCCCAUUCUCCCGCUUUCCAUCAACCCGCCCCAUUCUCCCUCUUUCCAUCACCCCGCCCCAUUCUCCCUCCUUCCAUCACCCCGCCCCAUUCCCCCGCUUUCCAUCACCCCGCCCCAUUCUCCCGCAUUCCAUCACCCCGCCCCAUUCUCCCUCCUUCCAUCACCCCGCCCCAUUCUCCCGCUUUCCAUCACCCCACCCCAUUCUUCCGCAUUCCAUCACCCCGCCCCAUUCUCCCGCUUUCCAUCACCUCGCCCCAUUCUCCCGCAUUCCAUCACCCCGCCCCAUUCUCCCGGUUUCCAUCACCCCGCCCCCUUCUCCCUCCUUCCAUCACCCUGCCCCAUUCUCCCUCCUUCCAUCACCCCGCCCCUUUCUCCCGCUUUCCAUCAGCCUGCCCCAUUCUCCCGCUUUCCAUCACCCCGCCCCAUUCUCUUGCGUUCCAUCUCCCCGCCCCAUUCUCCCGCCCGCCCCAUUCUCCCGCUUUCCAUCACCCAGCCCCAUUCUCCCGCUCUCCAUCACCCCGCCCCGUUCUCCCGCUUUCCAUAACCCCGCCCCAUUCUCACGCUUUCCAUCACCCCGCCCCAUUCACCCGCUUUCCCAUCACCCCGCCCCAUUCCGCUCCUCUCCGUCACCCCGCCCCAUUCUCCCGCUUUCCAUCACCUCGCCCCAUUCUCACGCUCUCCAUCACCUCCGCCCAAUUCACCCGCUUUCCAUCACCCCGCCCCAUUCUCACGCUUUCCAUCACCCCACCCCACUCCCGCUUUCCAUCACCCCGCCCCAUUCUCCCGCUUUCCAUCACCUCGCCCCAUUCUCACGCUUUCCAUCACCCCGCCCCAUUCUCCCGCUUUCCAUCACCCCGCCCCAUUCUCCCUCCUUCCAUCACCCCGCCUCAUUCUCCCUCCUUCCAUCACCCCGCCCCAUUCUCCCGCUUUCCAUCACCCCGCCCCAUUCUCCCGCUUCCCAUCACCCCGCCCCAUUCUCCCGCUUUCCAUCACCCCGCCCCAUUCUCCCGCAUUCCAUCACCCCGCCCCAUUCUCCCGCUUUCCAUAACCCUGCCCCAUUCUCCUGCUUUCCAUCACCCCGCCAUAUUCUCCCACUUUCCAUCACCCCGCCCCAUUCUCCCUCCUUCCAUCACCCGCCCCAUUCUCCCUCCUUCCAUCACCCCACCCCAUUCUCCCUCUUUCCAUCACCCCGCCCCAUUCUCCCGCUUUCCAUCACCACGCCUCAUUCUCCCGCUUUCCAUCACCCCGCCCCAUACUCCCGCUUUCCAUCACCCCGCCCCAUUCUCCCGCUUUCCAUCACCCCGCCCCAUUCUCCCGCUUUCCAUCACCCCGCCCCUUUCUCCCGCUUUCCAUCACCCCGCCCCAUUCUCUCGCUUUCCAUCACCCCGCCCCAUUCUCCCGCUUUCCAUCACACCGCCCCAUUCUCCUGCUUUCCAUCACCCCUCUCCGUUCUCCCUCUUUCCAUCACCCCGCCCCAUUCGCCCUCUUUCCAUCACCCCUCCCCAUUCUCCCUCUUUCCAUCACCCCGCCCCAUUCUCCCUCUUUCCAUCACCUCGCCCCAUCCUCCCUCUUUCCAUCACCCCGCACCAUUCUCCCGCUUUCCAUCACCCCGCACCAUUCUCCCGCUUUCCAUCACCGCGCCCCAUUCUACUGCUUUCCAUCACCCCGUCCCAUUCUCCCGCUUUCCAUCACCCCGCCCAAUUUUCCCUCUUUCCAUCACCCCGACCCAUUCUCCCUCUUUCCAUCACCCCGCCCCAUUUUCCCCCAAUCCAUCACCCCUCCCCAUUUUCACUCUUUCCAUCACCCCGUCCCAUUCUCCCGCUUUCCAUCACCCCGCCCCAUUCUCCCUUUUUCCAUCACCCCGCCCCAUUCUCCCCCAAUCCAUCACCCCGCCCCAUUUUCACUCUUUCCAUCACCCCGUCCCAUUCUCCCGCUUUCCAUCACCCCGCCCCAUUCUCCCGCUUUCCAUCACCCCGCUCCAUUCUCCCGCGUUCCAACACCCCACCCAAUUCUCCCUCUUUCCAUCACCCCUCCCCAUUCUCCCUCUUUCCAUCACCCAGCCCCAUUCUCCCGCGUUCCAUCACCCCGCCCCAUUCUCCCUCUUUCCAUCAUCGCGCCCCAUUCUCCCUCUUUCCAUCACCCCGCCCCAUUCUCCCGCUUUCCAUCAUCCCGCCCCAUGCUCCCGCUUUCCAUCACCCCGCCCCAUUCUCUCGCUUUCCAUCACCACGCCCCAUUCUCCCGCUUUCCAUCACCCCGCCCCAUUCUCCCGCUUUCCAUCACUCUGCCCCAUUCUCCCGCUUUCCAUCACCCCGCCCCAUUCUCCCGCUUUCCAUCAUUCCGCCCCAUUCUUCUCCUUCCAUCACCCCGCCUCAUUCUACCUCCUUCCAUCACCCCGCCCCAUUCUCCCGCUUUCCAUCACCCCGCCCCAUUCUCCCGCUUUCCAUCACCCCGCCCCAUUCUCCCGCUUUCCAUCACCACGCCCCAUUCUCCCGCUUUCCAUCACCCCGCCCCAUUCUCCCUCCUUCCAUCACCCUGCCCCAUUCUCCCGCUUUCCGUCACCCCGCCCCAUUCUCCCGCUUUCCAUCACCUCGCCCCAUUCUUAUGCUUUCCAUCAACCCGCCCCAUUCUCCCGCUUUUCAAUCACCCCGCCCCAUUCACUCGCAUUCCAUAACCCGCCCCAUUCUCCCGCUUUCCAUCACCCCGCCCCGUUCUCCCGCUUUCCAUCUCCCCGCCCCAUCCUCCCGCUUUUCAUCACCCCGCCCCAUUCUCCCGCUUUCCAACAUCCCGCCCCGUUCUCCCACUUUCCAUCACCCCGCCCCAUUCUCCCGCUUUCCAUCACCCCGCCCCAUUCUCCCGCUUUCCAUCACUCCGCCCCAUUCUCCCGCUUUCCAUCACCCCGCCCCAUUCUCCCGCUUUCCAUCAACCCGCCCCAUUCUCCCUCCUUCCAUCACCCCGCCUCAUUCUCCCUCCUUCCAUCACCCCGCCCCAUUCUCCCGCUUUCCAUCACCCCGCCCCAUUCUCCUGCUUUCCAUCACCCAGCCCCAUUCUCGCGCUUUCCAUCACCCCGCCCCAUUUUCCCGCUUUCCAUCACCCUGCCCCAAUCUCCUGCUUUCCAUCAUCCCGCCCUAUUCUCCCUCCUUCCAUCACCCCGCCCCAUUCUCCCGCUUUCCAUCACCCCGCCCCAUUCUCCCGCUUUCCAUAACCCCGCCCCAUUCUCCCUCCUUUCAUCACCCGCCCCAUUCUCCCUCCUUCCAUCACCCCGCCCCAUUCUCCCUCCUUCCAUCGCCCCGCCCCAUUCUCCCACUUUCCAUCGGCCCGCCCCAUUCUCCCGCUUUCCAUCACCCCGCCUCAUUCUCCCGCUUUCCAUCACCCCGCCCCAUUCUCCCGCUUUCCAUCACCCUGCCCCAUUCUCCCGCUUUCCAUCAGCCCACCCCAUUCUCCCGCUUUCCAUCACCCCGCCCCAUUCUCCCGCUUUCCAUCACCCUGCCCCAUUCUCCCUCCUUCCAUCACCGCGCCUCAUUCUACCUCCUUCCAUCACCCCUGUUAUAG